UUCCUGGCUAUACUGUGAAGCUCCUAAGAAAAUGAAUCUCAAGGUUGUAUAUGGUGACAUAUAUGUACUUUGACAAUCAAUUUAACGCAAAAUACUCUGCAGAUGCUGGGGUCAAAGCAACACGCUGGAGGAACUCAGCAGAUCGGGCAGCAUCUGUGGAAAUGAAGUCAAUGUUUCGGGCCAAGACCCUUCGUCAGGACUGGUAAUCAAUUUGUUUUGAAGACCCCACGGCAUUUUAUUAAGAAAAAAACAGAGACAUUUAAAAAGGAGUUAGCACCUGUUGCACUUCUUAAUGCUGUUCCCUGAAUCACAUGCCAAACAGAUGGCCCGGUCUCCGUUUGCUCUUUUAUACGACUGCUCUAUUUCACGCAAAGAAGAUAACCUGCAGUGUGACCUUCCCAGGACAUAACUUCUCUUCAGCUUCGCGACCAGCCAAUUUGCCCCUCACCAACAUGGCGGAUUCCUUUCGCCCCUCAACACAUGGCGGCCGCCCGCUGCCCGUCUCGCCUCCAGUGGCAUCGCCGGCCCGUUGGUCGUGCACGCGCCCCGUUUGGCGGGAAUUUGCCAGCAGGGCGCGCGGGCGCGGCGCGCCGCGACUGGACGCGAGCGCGCGCAGCCGGAAGUCAGUGAGGAACACCAGAGGCUCGUCAGUAGAGCCGAGUGAGCGGUGCUGUGCCGGCUCUCCUGGCGGUCGUUGGGCGUUACGGCUGGCUGGAGGAAUUCCCGAGGGGGUGGAGGGGGGACCCGGUGCCCGACAGGUUGCAUCUGGCCUCACCAUGUUUUCCGAGCACGCCGCCCGCAAGGAGCAGACCCUGCUGUCGGCUCCGAUGCCGGCGCAGCAUGGCCCCACGUUCGAGCGGCUGUCCACCUCCUCCUACAGUAACCACUCGGGAUGCUUCACGCUGGGCGAGCGCAACUUCAGUCGGCAGUACGCCAACAUUUACGCCACCCGUCUCGACCAGAUGCGGCCCGUGCUGGCCGGCAGGGCCAAGAAGCGUUGGGGAGCCGAUGUGCCAGUGAAGAAGUUGUGUGAACUGCAGGUCAAGGAGAAAUGUUGUGCAAUUGGGACUCUCUUCAAAAAGAUGGAGUUGAAGCCAUCCAUCUUGCGUGAAAUCAGCGAAGAGCAUAACCUGUUGCCGCAGCCAGCUCGUACAAAGCACACGGACCAAUUAGAUGAGCUGAUUCUGGAGGAUGAGUUACAGCGCAUCAAAUUGGAAGGCAAAAUUGAUAUCCAGAAAUUUGUCACAGGGGCAGUUGUCGCAUUACUUGGAGCUGAGCAGGAUGAUGGAAAGUUUCUUGUGGAAGAUCUUUGUACCUCCGAUAUCCCACCCCAACAGCCAGUACCACCACCUUCUGAUACUGAUAGGUAUGUUUUAUUAGUCUCGGGUCUUGGCUUGGGUGGAAAGAAUGCGGACAGUCUUCUAGGCAUGCAGCUUCUCAUUGACAUGGUAACAGGACAACUGGGAGAUGAAGGCGAGCAGAGUAGUGCUGCAAAAAUCUCUCGGGUUAUUUUGGCAGGAAAUCUUCUCAGUCAGAGCACCCAGAACAAAGACUCUUUCACAAAGGCAAAAUACCUAACGAAGAAGACACAGGCUGCUAGUGUAGAAGCCAUUAAAAUGCUGGAUGAAAUCCUGGUGCAACUGAGUGCUUCAGUCCCUGUUGAUUGCAUGCCCGGUGAAUUUGAUCCAACGAAUUACACUUUGCCACAGCAGCCACUUCACCAUUGCAUGUUUCCACAAGCUGUUACCUAUCCCACAAUGCAUCUGGUCACCAACCCUUACCAAGCAGAUAUUGACGGAGUCAGGUUUCUGGGAACAGCAGGACAGAAUGUGAAUGACAUAUUCUGUUACAGCAGUAUGGAAGAUCACCUGGAGAUCCUGCAAUGGACUUUACAGAUUGGGCACUUGAGCCCUACUGCACCUGACACACUUGGUUGUUACCCAUUCUAUAAAACAGAUCCAUUCAUUAUCAAGGAGUGUCCUCAUGUGUACUUUUGUGGUAAUGCUCCGUCAUUCAAAUCAAAAACCAUCGAAGGUGCAGAAGGACAACGGUUGCUGUUGAUUACCAUCCCUGAGUUUUCUACCACUCAAAUGGCCUGUCUGGUGAACUUGCGAACACUUGAAUGUCAACCGAUCAGCUUCUCCGCUUUCUCUGCUGAGGAAGACAAUGCUGAAAUGGACAUCAGUCACUGAAUAGACACAUGCUUUCAAUUUCUUUUGAUUUUACACCUUGGAAAUUUGCUUCUGUUGCUGUGUUUGUUGAAGCAUAUCCAGUGCAGAGAGCAUAUGGUGCACUUCAAAGUGAGCAACCUUGUAUGCUACACAUUUGAUGCUACUGAAGACAUGACGACAUUUUGGAAGAAAUGUUUUGUCUUGGGUCUGUUACUUGGAGUAUAUUGAAAUAAUAUGGAAGAUGGCAGAUAUUUUCGGGUUGAUCUCUACACUAUAAAUUGGCCUCUAAACCUUG